AUGGCUGGCACUGAUAAAUUAUAUGUUAUUAAAGCUAUUUGCAAUCAUAUGUUUGAGAUAGCCCAAAAAUAUGGAAUUAAUUCAAAAGAAGAACCUCUAUUAUUAGUUUUUGCUCUGACUGGCAUUUCAGCUUUUAAUAUAAAUGGCCAUACAAUUCAUUUUGCACUUAUGCUAUCUAUAAAUUCUAAUAAUUUGAAACUUAGUUCUAAGUCUUUAAAAAAACUUCAGCAAUUGUUUAAAAAUGUCAAAGUCAUUUUAUUUGAUAAAAAAAGUAUGAUCAGUUAUAAACUUCUUGUAACAAUUGAUCAAUAUUUAUAUCAAAUUUUUUCACAAAAUAAAGAUAUGCUAUUUGACCCACGAUUACAUGAUUUUAUAUCAGAAUCAGGUCAUAAGAUUUAUACCCAAUUUAAUAAGACAUUCAAAUUAGAAACAAUACAAAGACAAGCUGGGGACUUAAAAGAACAGCAAGCAUUUCGAAGUCUUCUCUUGUAUUUACAAGAUGGAAAAUCUACAAAAGAUAAUUGGCAACUAUAUAACAAUAGAGUUCGCACAUUCAUUUCAUCAACUGAAAAAGCUAAAUUUAAAGAUGCCAUUCGAUUAUUUACAAUAUGGGACCAUGUUGAUGAAUAUAACAUUUUAAAACUAAAACAACUUAAUCUUUCUAUUGCUAAGAUAAAAGCUGUAUAUAGUGGUACUGGUGCUAAAAAUGCACCUUCUGACACAACAAAUAGUCUUGACCCCAUUUUAUUUCUAUCAAUUGGAGCUCAUGUUAUGCUUAUUUCCAAUCUCUGGACUAAUCAAGGAUUAGUUAAUAGAACUAUGGGUAUGGUUGUUGAUAUUUUAUAUGAAUUAGGAAGGACACCUCCCUUGCUACCUACAGUAAUUCUGGCUAAAAUGAAUAAUUAUAUGGGUUCAAUGAUAUCUAUAUUAAACUAUCAUAAAGUAGUACCAAUUUGGCUGAUUAAAUAUACUUGGAAAGGAAAAUCAGAAAAUUGCUUCCGCAUGCAAUUUUCUUUGUGCCUUGCAUGGGCAAUUACAAUCCAUAAGUCACAAGGUUUAACAUUACAGCAUGCCAUAAUAAAUCUUGGAAAUAAGGAAUUUGCGACUGGUCUUACAUUUGUAGGUAUAUCAAGAGUUCAUGCCCUCACUGAUCUUCUUUUUAAGUUCAAUUUCCUUUGA